AAGUACAAGGAGCGAGGGACGGUGCUGGCCGAGGAUCAGCUGGCCCAGAUGUCCAAGCAGCUGGAGACGUUCCGGACGCACCUGGAGGCGUUUGCCAGCAAGCACAAGCAGGAGAUCCGCAAGAGCCCGGAAUUCCGGCUGCAGUUCCAGGACAUGUGCGCCACCAUCGGCGUGGAUCCCCUGGCCUCUGGAAAAGGCUUCUGGGCGGAGAUGUUGGGAGUCGGAGAUUUCUACUACGAGCUGGGGGUGCAGAUCAUCGAGGUGUGCCUGGCGCUGAAACACCGCAACGGAGGGCUCAUCACGCUGGAGGAGCUGCAGCAGCAGGUGCUGAAGGGGAGGGGGAAAUUCGCUCAGGACGUCAGCCAGGAUGAUCUGCUCCGGGCCAUCAAGAAGCUGAAGGUUUUGGGGAACGGAUUUGGGAUCAUCCCGGUGGGAGGAACAUUCCUGGUGCAGUCGGUGCCGGCGGAGCUGAACAUGGAUCACACGGUGGUGCUGCAGCUGGCAGAGAAAAAGGGGUUUGUGACGGUCAGCGAGAUCCGGGCCAGCCUCAAGUGGGAGACAGAGCGAGCGAAGCAGGUUCUGGAGCAGCUGCUGAAGGAGGGCAUGGCCUGGCUGGACGCUCAGGCUCCGGCCGAGCCGCAGUUCUGGCUGCCCGCGCUCUUCCCCGAGCUGCUCGCCCAGGACGGAGCCGCCCCACAGCCCUGAGCGCGCCGGGAUCAUCGGGAAUGACAGCUGGGAUCCUUGGGAAUGCUGGCUGGAAUCGUCUGGAAUCCCUGCUGGAAUCCUCCGCAAUCCUGGCCAGAAACCUCAGCAAUACCGGUUGGAAUUCUCCGGAAUCCCUCCUGGAGACCUUGGGAAUCCCUCCCAGAAUCCUUGGGAAUCCCCCCUGGAAUCCCUUCUGGAAUCUUCAGGAAUCCUGACUGGAAUCCUUCCUGGAAUCUCUCCCGGGAUCCUUGGGAAUCCCUCUUGGAAUCCCUCCCAAAAUCCUUGGGAAUCCUUCUUGGGAUCCUCAGAAAUCCCUCCCGGAAUCCUCGGGAUCCCUCCCAAUCCCAGGGACGGCGGGACUGGGAAUAAAAGUUUUG